UCCCGCCCACUUUACGUUAAUCGACCAUGCACGCCGAUCAACUAGUACCGGCGGUCGUCGCCGCCGUGGCCGUGGUGUGCCUGCUCAUCGCCGGCCGCGCCGACGGCCAAUUGGAGUACGUGCCUGCCGCGGCGAGCCAGGUGGUGGAGCCGCUGGCCACGAACCAGCAGCCGUUCCUCCCGCAGCCGGAGGUGAUGCCAGUGCCCAACAAUCUGCUCGCUAAGCCGGAAUACGUCUCGCAGUCGCAGACGGGGUUCUCCCUACCGGAGCCCUCCCUAGCCGGGGCGUUCACCGGCGGCUACUUCCCGCAGCAACCGACGACAGAGCCGCAGCCACAGCCGGAGUCGCAGGCGACCAAGUGGGUGCCGGAGACGCAGACGACCAAGUGGGUGCCGGAGCCGACGUGGCAAAAGCCGGCGACGCCGUCUGUGCCCGCGCAGCCGAGUACCAGCGGCGGAUCGUACGCUGGCGGGGGCGCCAACAAGCAGCUGGACGACGACGGGGAGCCGGUGGACGGGCUGAGCCCCAAGGCCAUCGAGAACAUCCUCAAGGAGCACAACGCAUUCCGCGCCAAGGAGCAUGUGCCCCCUCUCACGUGGAACGCGACGGUGGCCCAGUACGCGCAGCACUACGCGAUCGAGCGCAAGGGGGACUGCGCGCUCAAGCACUCGACGGGGCCGUACGGGGAGAACCUCAUGUACGGCGAGGGCCGGGCGUGGACGUGGCGCCACACCGUCGACGAGUGGAGCGAGGAGAAGCAGAACUAUCACUACGGCACCAACUCCUGCGACGCCGGCAAGCAGUGCGGCCACUACACCGCCGUCGUCUGGAAGCACACCACCGCCGUCGGCUGCGGCCGCGUCACCUGCACCAGCGGCGACACCCUCAUGGUCUGCAGCUACUACCCGCCGGGGAACUACGACGGGGAGAAGCCAUUCUAAUCUAAUUCUAACUCAUCAUCCUCACCAUUAUUUCUCUCUCUCUCUCUCUUAAUUAAUUAAUAUUCCAUCUGAUUAAUUAAUCGGUUAAUUAAUUAACUAGUUCAUUCCCCGCAUCCACACAACAGUACGUAGUACAACUCAGGUAGAAUGUAAUUUUUUCAGUAAUGUUUCUUGCAAGAAUUAGCAAUCUUCGACCGCGCAGCUGCUGGUAGAAAAACGUACCAGGUACUGUAUUUCGUUUUUCUUUUUUUGCGGGUAGGUAUUGUAUUUCGUUGCCAAGAACAACUUAUGAUGUCUACUCU